AUGGAAGAGGGAUUGUAUGUCCAUGAGUAUGUUGCAGAGCUUUUCAUGGGGCUUGUUCCAGGAAGAAUGAGGCCCACAAUGAUGCUCAAGGUUCUGAACAAGCAGUUUCUUGGAAUUGUUGGUAAUGCAGCUAAUGCUGUCACUAAGAAGCCACCCUCACCUCCUCUAGUAUCACGCAAACCGGCUUUCAUUGAUGCAUUCUUAUACAAGAUGAAGAAGAACCCAAGUCUUUUGUCGAACAAGACCAUUUGGUCACGAAGAUCCACUAUCUUGCCAGAGUUUGUUGAUACCACUGUCAAGAUUUACAAUGGGAAAACCACUAUCCGUUGUAAGAUAACUGAGGGAAAAGUGGGUCAUAAGUUUGGAGAGUUUGCUCUCACCAGGAAACGCAAGGCCAGAGAACAAGCCAAUGCCAAAAAUGUUAAACUACUUAAGAAAAAGAAGUGA